GCGGUGCAUGCUGGGCCCGUCUCCUCUAGCAACGCGGCCCAAAGGCUUUCAGAUAGCAAUGUCCAGAGGGCGCGGUGGCGGAGGGGGCUGCGUGCCCCAGACUCCCGCCUCGUCGUCGCUCCUGCCGAGCCCCGACUACUACGAGAGGGUGGGCCAGCUCCUGCAAGCGCUGCGGGACAGUGAAAAGAAGAGAUUAGACCUGGAACAUAAACUUUAUGAAUACAAUAAGUCUGAGAAAUGCAGAGUUAAGCUGAAAUAUACAAAACUAAAGAAAUAUCUGCAGGAACUAUGUGAAUCUGAAAAGAAGGCUCGUAUUCGAAACCAAGAAUAUUUAAAGCAAUUUGACCAUAUCGAUACUCAUAUUGGACACUUUACCAUAAAUACAGAGAAGCUUCAAGAACUGAAGACUGACUAUGAGAAUGCAGCUAAAAUGCAGCUACUCUUCAAAGAUAGCCUGGGGAUAAAAAGUGACCUGAAAGAUGAAGACAGAAAAAAGAUUGCAGUACCAGCAGGAAUUAACUUGGGGACAACCAUGUCAAGAGGAUUGUAUCAACCAGCAAUAGCCUUUAUGGGCUGCCAAAUGUCAGCCAUCUCAAGCAUUGAAGAUUUCAGUGCAGAGGAGAAAUCUUCCCAACCCACAAAGAACUUUUCAAUUCCUGACCCACAUUCACACCAACAGACAGCCCAGAGCAGUGAUGUGACAGACAGCUGUGUAGUACAAACUACUAGUGACACACAGUGCUUAAAUAAGCCUGACAAAAUAGAUGGAAAGACAUCUCUUCAGAUUGGUGAGAAAACGCCAGUCACAGCCAGUGUAUUGUCUGAGGAGGAACAAACUCAUUGCUUGGAGAUAGGAAGCAAUACACGUCACAGCAAGAGUAAUUUAUCUGAAGGUAAAAAGUCUGCUGAACUCCAUUCCUCGUUACAGGAAAGAUUAAGUCCAGAGAACAGAACCACUGAUUUAAAGUGUGACAGUUCCAGCAGAUCAGAGGGAUCAGACGGAAAAAUACUGACACGGGAACAUAUUGAAGUCAAGGAAGAAAGAGCCAGCCCGCCAUUCUCUGUGGUAUCAGUUUCAGAACACUGUGCAUCUGAAAAUAAGUGGUCUCAAGAGAAGCAUCCUGCUUGGGAAGGUUUCUCAGAUGACCUUGCCCAUCAGGACCCAAAGGCACAAAGGUCUUUUAUAAGCAUGCAGAAAGAGCAACAGGAGGAAAGUUCAUGCAGCAGUGAUGACCUCACAGUCUCUAUAAAUGACGAUGAUCUAAAUUUAGAGAAUCUGGAACCACUGCCAAGCCCAUGUGACAAGGUGAAGGGACGAGAUGCAACACUGGCCUUGAGAUCAUUCUGCACUGUUCAAGACAGAGAUACCCUGCCCACUGGAAAAAACAAUUGCAUUUUGCAAACUCUAAGCUCUCCUGACUCAGAAAAGGAAUUUUCUGACUUACCAAAACAAUCUGUCCAGGCAUCAGAUGGGGGCUUAACAAAGGCACAACUGGACAACUGUGUUGUCACCUUGAAGGAGGGUAACAAUUCUCUUAAAAAAGAGGCAACAACAUUAUUGAAAAAAGCCCCUGCAGAAGAGUGUGACCAUAGGUCGGCUAUUCACAGUAAUGAAUCAUCUUGCAGCUUGCCAUCUAUUCUGAAUGACAAUAGAGGAAUAAAGGAAGCAAAACCAGCUCUGAGACUCAACAGUGUUCUUACAAGGGAACAAGAAGUUUCAAGUGGCUGUGGAGAUGAGAGCAAGGAAGAAAACAUGACUGCAACAGUUCAAGUCACAGGUUUGAAUAUUGGUGGCAGCACAUUCAAAACAAAAACAGUCCACAAAAUCACUUCACAAGAUAGUUUUUCAUCUAGCAAAGGAAGUCCUUUGUCAAGGCAUGACAGCAGAAGAAACCUAAUGACCAAUUUAAAGUCUAACGAUUUCUGGGGUGAGUCUGACGACAGUAACUCAGAAAUUGAAGCUGCUUUACGCCCUAACAUUCAUAACACAUCCGCCGACGAUUUUGAUGAUUUUUACGAUACUUGAGCUGUAACAUGUGUUGGAAAUAAAGGCUUUCAAACAAACUGAAA